AUGGAUUUUGGGGAGAUAGUCUACAAAAUCCUUACUACGGAGGAUGGGGAGGAAGAUGGGGUACUACCGGAGUUUACGGAGUUUAUGGAGGGUACGGAAGCUCUGGAAGAUAUGGAGGAUAUACUCCCUAUAGCACAUGGAGCGGAGGAUCAGGAUUAUAUGGAGGAUAUGGACUCUAUCGUCCUUACAGCUUAUGGAGCGGGGGGUGGGGAGGAUAUAGCGGAUAUCCAGGAUAUGGAGGAAUGGGGCUUUAUGGGACUUAUGGAGCAACUGCGCCCUAUCUUCCCUACAGUUCAUGGAGUGGAAGAUGGGGAGAAUACGUAG